ACGUGGAGAGUGGUGGUGGUGGUGGUCACGUGGGCGGAGCGGCGGUCACGUGAGCAGAGCUACUGCGAUGGCGGCGGCUGCACCGCAGCGAUCGCGUGCGGGGUCGAGAGUGGCGGCGGCGGCGGCGGCGCAGUACGACCAGGACGGGCGUCUCAUCGAGGUGGAGACGCGAGAGGAUGAAGAGCAAGGCGUCAAACUAUCAGAGAUCCUUGAGCUGUUAGUUGCUGCUGGCUACUUCCGUGCUCGCAUCAAGGGGCUCUCAUCUUUCGAUAAGGUGGUUGGAGGAAUGACAUGGUGCAUCACUACGUGUAGUGUUGACAUUGAUGUUGACUUGCUCUUCCAGGAAAACUCCACCAUCGGCCAAAAGAUAGCCUUGACUGAGAAGAUAGUGUCUGUUUUGCCGAGCAUGAAGUGUCCUCAUCGGAUUGAACCCCAUCAAAUCCAGGGUUUAGACUUCAUACACAUAUUCCCUGUUAUCCAGUGGUUGGUGAAGAGGGCCAUAGAGACACGAGAGGAAACGGGCGACCACAUUAGGGCUUUCUCCAUCUCCCAGUUUAACAAGAGCCGCAGACUUCCAGAGGAUGAAGAAUUUUUGGAGCGGAAGGGAAAGGCGACCAUGGCUUUGCUAGCUGCUGCUGAGGAAUACAAACCCCAGAGACGAUACCGGCGACAAGUUGGAACAGACUCUCUUCUGGAUGAAGAGUCACGUGUGCAGUCUACGCUUCUAGAGUAUGGCAGGAGGUAUUGCUUUAUUCAAAACAAGAAUGAGAAGGUGGAUGACCGGAAAAAAUCUGUGCCAGGUGCCGCAGCAGUAGGGAAAGCACAGACAACUGAGGAAGAGGAGCUGCAGGCUGCUGAUGAGAUUCGCAUCAAGACUCUGAUGAGCAGCAUGGCUGCCAUGGCAACAGAGGAAGGGCGUUUAACAGCCAGCACAGUUGGUCAAAUUGUUGGUCUUCAGUCAGAGGAGAUCAAACAGAUUGCUUCAGAAUAUGCAGAAAAGCAAUCAGAGCUGGCAGGCGAAGAGAAGACAGAGAGGCUUGGUCCAGUACAGCAGCACAAACGCUUGGUUGUUUCGCUUGGCAAGCAGAUUUCUCAGAAGGAACUACAGCUGGAGGAGAUAAAGGCCAAGCAUACUGAGUUGAAAGUUGCCUUUGAAGCUGCGAAAGAGAAGCUUAUGGAGGUCGAGAAGCAGGGAGAUAGUCUCAGGAAGGAGAUGGGACAGUUGGAUUCUAUGGAGAGCCAGGCUGAUUCAGCUGUCUUGCAGAAGCUGAGAGCCCUGGUGGCUAUGAAUGAAAGCCUCAAGAGUCAAGAGCACGAGUUCCGUGCUCACUGCAAGGAAGAAUUGACACGUCUACAGAGCAGCAUAGAAGAGUUAAAGCUUCAGACCAACAAUACGACUGGAGAAGAGGCUGAACAAGACCAGUUGAUUGAAAAGCAAUACCGCACGGAUAUCGACAAACUGCAGAAGAUACGCAUGCUCUUGGGGAGGAGAAACCGAGAGAUUGCCAUCUUGCAGCGCAAGAUUGAUGAAGUCCCCAGCCGGGCUGAGCUGACUCAGUACCAGCGUCGCUUUGUCGAGCUCUACAGCCAGGUGGCUGCCACCCAUAAAGAGACAAAGCAAUUUUAUACUUUGUACAACACGCUGGAUGACAAGAAGCUGUAUCUGGAAAAAGAGGUUAAUUUGCUGAAUUCCAUCCAUGACAACUUCCAGCAGGCCAUGGCUUCACAAGGUGGCAGAGAGCAGUUUCUGAAACAGCUGGAGCAGAUUGUGGAGGGGAUCAAGCAAAGCCGUGUAAAGGUGGAAAAGAAACGUCAGGAGAAUAAGAUGAGAAGGGACCAACUUAAUGAUGAACAUCUUGAUCUCCUGGACAAACAACGCCUUUAUUUCAAAACCGUGAAGGACUUCAAAGAGGAGUGUCGCAAAAAUGAAAUUCUUCUGUCCAAGCUCAGGGCAAAGAAUAUGGCCUAAGGAACAAGAAGGGUGGAAACACCAAUUGUCUGCACAAAUUGCAACUGGUUUCACUUCGAAUCACACCUGUCUUAAAAACAAAUGUGUGAUUCUGUCGUUCAGCUGUCAUCCACAAUCUGGAUGUAUCUGUGUUUGUCCAGAGAAGUCCUUGACCAAUUUUAAUAAACGGUGUCAUUUAAAAUGUGAUGCACACAUGGUAAAAAUUCCCUAAAUAUGUUUAACCCAAUUAUUUAACUAGGCAUGCCCCACUCUUUUUACAAUAGUCUCAACAAUAAAUCUGUGGUUGAAAAUCAGGGCUGGAGGGAAGUUUAAUGUCAACGGAUUUCCUGCUGGUGAAUUUAUAUUUAAAUGUUUAUAAUUUUGGCACGAUAUGAUUUCAUGGCUUUUGUUACAGCUUACUGCCUUGCACAAAAACAUCAACCAACUGAAAUUUGUGUGCUGUGAAGGUUAACGUGAAAUUCUUUCAUUUUGCAAUAAAAUAUCUCAAAGUA